AUAGCAAGUUUCGCAGCUGAGUGUAGAUUUGAACCUGGAUCUUUUCCUGUGUAUAAACUGCUCCCUGCACUCUACCAUCUUCUAGAUGCAGCUGAGCACCUGGCCUUAAAGCAUUUUUCCUUAAGGAAGUUCCUCUCAAGGUUCCCCCACUGCAACCUCAGCCUGCAAAGGAUCACUGCUUGGAAUGACAGAUGUGUAGGAUCUUGGAGCAGAUGAGACCCAGGGGCCAGCGCUUUUUGCUCUUCCCCUUCUUGAUGAUCUUCCUUCUGCCUGGAUAUUUAGCAUUGCUGGACACUGAUGGAGGCUGGUUGACAAGCAGCCACUCUGCGUUAACGGAGGAAGACAGCUGUACCGUGGAGAGGAGGGAUGCCACACUAACCUACUCCCAGUUCAUUGAACAGUAUGCCUUCUCUCGGCCAGUUAUAAUCCAAGGAAUAACAGACAACUCGGAGUUCCAGGCCCAAUGUACCAAGGACAAGCUGCUGACCAGGUUUGGGGAUCGCCCUGUCCGUCUUAGUACUGCCAACACCUAUUCUUACCGCAAAGUUGACCUGCCCUUCCAGGAGUAUGUGGAUCAAUUGCUGGAGCCGCAGGACCAGACCUCUUUGGGGAGCGAAACACUCUAUUUUUUUGGGGACAACAACUUCACGGAGUGGGGCCCUCUCUUCCAGAAGUACACCCCACCACCAUUCCGGAUCCCAGGCACCACUGGAGCAUACAGUUUUGGGGUUGCAGGCCCCGGCUCGGGAGUCCCGUUCCAUUGGCACGGCCCAGGUUACUCAGAGGUGAUCUUCGGCAGGAAACGCUGGUUUCUGUAUCCUCCAGAGAAGAUGCCAGAGUUCCAUCCCAACAGAACAACACUGUCUUGGUUGUUGGAUACCUACCCCUUUCUGCCGUCGUGGGAGAGGCCGCUCGAGUGCACCAUCCACCCCGGAGAGGUCCUGUACUUCCCAGACCGAUGGUGGCAUGCUACCUUGAAUCUGGACACCAGCGUUUUCAUCUCCACAUUCCUGGGUUAGCAGAUCUGCAUGAUGGCACCUCCCUGGCCUUCUUGCCAUUACCCCUGCGAUGGUGCACAAAGAAGCAGGAUUUGUCGACAACAUUUGGGGAAUCUGGGGCUAGUGAUGGUGGGGCCAUCCCAGUCUCUCAUUGGAUCAUAGCACAGAAUCAAGGAGAAGGCAGGUGGUGGUCUUCCCAAUGUUUUGGACUACAACUCCCAUGAUCCCUGCCCACUGACAACGCUGGCUAGGGCUGAUGCCCUCCAGAUGUUUUGGACGUCGUCACCUACCCGUCAUCUGAAGGAUGACUUGCUGUCGCCUUUUCUAAUCUGGAACCUACUAGACCUCAACUUCCAUUAGCCUUGACCACUGGUUAUACAGGCUGGGUCUGAUGUGGGGGGUUGUAGUCCAACACCAUCUGGGUAGCCAUGGGUUCCCCCAUUCCUGGGUAAAAAAUGGACAAGAUGAUGAUGAAUCAGAAAUUUCCAAUGACCACCAUUUGUAAUAGGCAGGUUCUCUAAUUAUAGCCUUACAUUCCAGGAAGGAAAUGUGACUUCCGAAUGGUUUAAGAGUUGAGAAUUUGAGAGCCCUCGGAUGAAGUUAAAUAGGCUGUUUGCAUGUAGUCACCACUUUACAGCUGGAUGCCCAUUAAUUUUUAAAAUAAGCCCUAUUCCUAUGUCCAGUUUAGCUGGUGCAAAAAAUAAAGCUGGUGGUGUUUCUCUUUCUUUCCCACCAGCUGGUUCUCUGCUAAGAAAAGCUACAUUGGUGAAUUUCUGCAUAUCAGACUGAUGUUGGAUAGGGGAGUAGGGCUCACCCACAAAUGCAAGGUUUGGGGAAACUCUAGUUUUUACAGAUCUUCUUUGUACCACAAAAAUGUGACCUAUUCCAAGUUUCCCCUGUUGAUUCCUCUCAUCUUCGCUUCCUUCCAUGAAGCCCCAGUUCCAUUUUUUGUUUGUCAUUCAUCGUGUCUGGCAGGGAACCCCUGGCCCUCCAGUUGUACAUGGGCCUCCCAUCUGCAUGGCCAAUGGUCUGGGAUGAUGAGAGAGCUCCAACUCAGCAACACUGAGGGCCACAGGUUUCACAUCUCUGUCCAAGGCAAUCAGGGAUCACAUCAAAUGCACUUGUAACUCAGGGAUGAGGGGUCCCAUGCCCUCCAGCUGCUAUUGAGACUUCCCCAGCUCCAUCAAUUCCAGCCAACAUGGUAAGUGGUCAAAGAUGGUGAAAGUUCUAGCCAAAUGACAGCUGGAGGGCCAUGCAUUCCCCAAGCUGCAAUUUAGUGUCCACAGAUGCUGUCUAAAUGGUUUCUCCAGCCACAUGAGACUUUCCAGAAACACGUUUGCCUCUAAAGUUCACUAGUUUGCAAUAAAGGCAGACUCAGCCCUGCUUCUGAUGCCAAAUUUGGAUUUGAAGGUUUAGGUCACUCAUGCAUUCAUAGGAACAUGGGAAGCUGUUGUCAGGCUGUGUGCCCAUCCAGCCCAGGAUUGUUGAGUGAUUGGCAGCAACUCUCCACCCGUCAGAUAAGAGCCUUUCCCAUCAGCCCUUUUAACUGAAGGUGGCAUGCUGAAGUUGAGUCGCUGCGUGGCUUCUCAACUUCAGCAUGGUGCUCAUCAAGUGAUAAACUGCAGGACCAAAAGGGCCUCUGCCGUUCCAACAGGGCAGUUUAGACCAGGGGUUGUGAACCUGUGGCUAGCCAGCUGCCGUUGGACUCACAACUCCUAGCAGCCCCAGCCAACAUAGCCGAUGGUGAGGGGUGGUGGGAGAUGGAGUCCAACAAAAUCUAGAGGGCCGCAAGUUCCCCAGAGGUGGUUUACCCCUCUUCAAAUUAAAUUAGAUCUGCUAACACCAUUUUGCUUCUCAAUGUUUUACCUUUUUAUAAAAAAGAAAAAGGGUUUUGUUUUGCAAAGUUCUUGCCAGAAAAGAUGGAACAAAGGCAGCAAGUGGAACAUUUGCCAGCAGAGUGUCCCCAUUUUACAGAGAACAGCUGGGCUACAUGUGCAUGCUUGUAUGGGGAAAAUCUCAAUAGAGUAUGAGAGCCUUCACUGUCUGCAUUUGCUGGAUGAUCCUUGUUGUUCAUGCUGAGCUGCUAGGAAAAACAGUGGAGGGAUGGGCAGGGAGUGGAUGGGACCAAUUUCCAAAGAAGUGCUUUUGAAAGUUGAGUCUGGGGUCACGCUGAACUGUUUUUCUUUGCAAGCGAUAAAAAACAAAUGCAAUUGUUUCUUGAAAGCAGUCAACUUCAUUUUUGGAUUUAAAAUAUAUUUCAGAAACCUGAA